GGCUGGAGCAUAUCAACACAGGAGUUGUUCAUUUUGUCUGUUGAGCUGAGAUUCACAAACUGACAGACUUAAACUAGAAAAUCACCAGACGUUUUCGUGUCUCUUCUUUACAUGUGAACUUAUUUGAUGUUACAAAGGACUUUCAUGGCGUCACUGUGUGUGAAACUGCUACUCAGUGUCUUCUUUCUAUCAGGUGCUUUGGCUGAUUGUGAUUCGAAGGUACACCUUUACAUGACUGCACCGACAGAGAUGGAGGCACUGAGUGGAUCCUGUUUACACAUCCCAUGUAGCUUUAGUGAUGUGGAUCAAGAAGAACAAGUAUUUGACAGCACAAAACCCAUCUAUGCAGUGUGGGUUAAAGAAGAACACGAUUUUGGGAACUUAAUGAAUAAUGCGAUUUUUAACAGCAGUCAGACUAAUAAUAAAUAUCCAAUGAAUGUUACUGGAGACCUGACUCAGAAAAACUGCACCACUCUGUUUUCCAGUUUAAUCACAGAUUAUACAAACAAAUAUUUCUUAAGAAUUGUAAACUGGCCAUUCAGAGCAACUGCUGUUUGUAAUCAAACUCAAAUCAAUGUCAAAGAUUCUCCUCCCAGUCCCAGUAUUGAAGUCUCCCAUCAGCAGCUGAAGGAGAAGGAGUCUGUCACUAUAACCUGCUCAGCUCUCACUCCCUGUCCACACUCCCCUCCUAAACUCACCUGGAAUCUACAGCAAGACGCUGCAAACAACAUGGAAGAAAACACAGACCGAACAUUUACAACUAACAUCCAACAGAUCAUCACUGUGUCAGACCAACAUGAUGGAUUCAACAUCAGCUGUUCUGCAGCAUAUCCUGUGGACGAAGGAAGAAUCAAAACAGCAGAAACAAACGUCACCCUCAGUGUUUCAUAUGCUCCUAAGAACACCUCAGCGUCCAUCAGUCCCUCAGGUUCACUGUGUUCAGGUAUGUGGGUGAACCUGACCUGCUCCAGCAGAGCCAAACCUCCUGUCAGCAACUUCACCUGGUUCAAGACCAGCACACAUGGACCCAUCAAUGUGUCUGAAGGAGACGUUUACAGCUUCAGUUUGACCGAUGACACUGAAGGACAUUAUUAUUGUGAAGCAACAAAUGAUCUCGGGAAACAAAACUCAUCAGUGAUUCAUGUGAAUAUUGAAGGUAAAGAUUCUCCUCCCAGUCCCAGUAUUGAAGUCUCCCAUCAGCAGCUGAAGGAGAAGGAGUCUGUCACUAUAACCUGCUCAGCUCUCACUCCCUGUCCACACUCCCCUCCUAAACUCACCUGGAAUCUACAACCAGACGCUGCAAACAACAUGGAAGAAAACACAGAUCGAACACUUACAACUAAAAUCCAACAGAUCAUCACUGUGUCAGACCAACAUGAUGGAUACAACAUCAGCUGUUCUGCAGCAUAUCCUGUGGACGAAGGAAGAAACAAAACAGCAGAAACAAACAUCACCCUCAGUGUUUCAUAUGCUCCUAAAAACACCUCAGUGUCCAUCAGUCCCUCAGGUUCGCUGUGUUCAGGUAUGUGGGUGAACCUGACCUGCUCCAGCAGAGCCAAACCUCCUGUCAGCAACUUCACCUGGUUCAAGACCAGCACACAUGGACCCAUCAGAGUGUCUGAAGGAGACGUUUACAGCUUCAGUUUGACCAAUGACACUGAAGGAGAUUAUUAUUGUGAAGCAACAAAUGAUCUCGGGAAACAAAAGUCAUCUGUGAUUCAUAUGAAUAUUGAAGGGAACGUAGACUUAUGGCUUUUCAUCUACAAUAGAGUGAAGAUCUUUGAAAUAGUCCUGCUCAUCAGUACUCUGAUCAUCUUUGAAUGCUGGUUCAGGUCAAGACACUCCAACAAACCAGUGCAGGUACAGCCCACAGUGGAAGAAGUUUAUGUCAACGCAGUGUUUGAAAGUCAAGAAAAAUGAGUGACGAGGAGAUGGGAAAGAUUUUCACAACCAAUAAUAACAUCGUGUCUUCAUUAAACAGCACAUUGUAUUUGUUUCAAUUGAAUAUUUAAGUGUUUUUUAUAUAUAUACAGUACUGUGCAAAAGUCCCAGACCAACAUAAGCUUUGUUGGUUUAGUAAAGUUCUAAUGUCCACACAUAUGCAUUUCUCAGUCUCUCUCAUAAGAUCCAGUCUGGAUAUAUGUGAAAUAUGUACAGCAGGAAACACAAGAGUUUCAGGGUUAAAAACAGCCUCUAUAAAACAAACUCUUAGAAUUUAAUGUGACUUCCCUUUGCACUGAGAACUUCUUUAACCCUUUUGUUCUGAUAAUAUGAGAUUCAUUUUCUGAUGUUUUAUACCAGGUUUCAUUCAACACAUGUCAGAUGUUUAUAACUGUUUGUGCUGCGUCUUGUCAUGGGGUCAGAGG